UAAUCGUACCCCUUCCCUAUAUAUAUACCUCACCACUCAUAAAUUGGGACCUGCAGUUUUGUUUCUUCUUCUAAACAAGACACAUAAAUUACUACUACUCUCUUCUCUCUGUGUACUCAAAAAGAACCCCAACCGAAAUAAAUUAAACUACUACUCAUCAUCAACAAUAUGGGCAGAGCUCCUUGUUGUGACAAAAAUGGACUCAAGAAAGGUCCAUGGACACCAGAAGAAGAUCAAAAGCUCAUUGAUUACAUUCAAAAACAUGGUUAUGGUAAUUGGAGGACUCUUCCUAAGAAUGCUGGGCUUCAAAGGUGUGGAAAGAGUUGCAGGCUUCGUUGGACCAACUAUCUAAGGCCAGAUAUUAAAAGGGGGAGGUUCUCUUUUGAAGAAGAAGAGACUAUCAUUCAACUCCAUAGUAUUUUAGGAAACAAGUGGUCUGCUAUUGCUGCACGGUUGCCCGGUAGAACUGAUAAUGAAAUUAAGAACUACUGGAAUACGCAUAUAAGAAAAAGGCUUUUGAGAAUGGGAAUUGAUCCAGUGACUCACAGUCCACGCCUUGAUCUUCUUGAUCUUUCUUCCAUUUUAAACCCUUCAUUUUACAAUAACUCAUCAUCUCUUCAUCAAAUGAAUCUUUCAAGAUUGUUAGGCCAUGUGCAACCUUUGGUAAAUCCUGAAGUCUUGAGAUUAGCUACUUCUCUUUUAUCAUCCCAACGCCAAAACACAAAUAACAGCUUCAUGAUCCCAAAUAAUCAUCAAGAAAAUCAAAUUUGCCAAAACCAAUUGCCACAAAUGGUCCAAAAUAGCCAAAUUCAAGCCCCUAUUCAAGAUUAUCCAACUUGCACAACUUUAAGUACAACCCCAUGUGUUCCAUUUUCUAGUCAUGAAGCUCAACUCAUGCAGCCACCAACAACAAAUAUGGAGGGCUUCUCAUCAAAACUUGAAAAUUUCAGUAACUCAACAAGUUGCCAAGUUAAUGAUGAGUGGCAAUUAAGCAAUGGGAUGCCUACUUCAAAUUUAACGGAUGAUUAUUUUCCUUUACAAAAUUAUGGUUACUAUGAUCCUCUACCGUCCGAUGGCUCAACAUUAAUUCAAUCCAACGACAGCAACAACAACAACAACUUCAGCUUCCAAUCAACUGUUUUGUCGAAUUUAUCGACACCUUCAUCGAGUCCUACACCAUUGGAUUCAAACUCUACUUACUUCAACAAUAGCAGCAGCACAACUACUGAAGAUGAAAGAGAUAGCUACUGCAGCAACAUGUUGAACUUUGAUAAUAUUCCAAAUAUUUGGGAUACUACUAAUGAAUUUAUGUAAUUUUUACCCUUUUUUACUUUUAAGGAACAUACAUACACAGUUCAGAAGAGGUGUUUAUUUUAUUUUUCUUUUACCUCUGAGCUUUUGGACAUGUUGUUGUUUCCUGGACAAACGAAAAAGAAAAAAAAAAAUUACCUCUUUUAGUUAGUGUUUAA